AUGACUCACUUGCGCACUUCCAACCUUGGAAGGUUGUUGUUGUCUGACAGUCGACCCCGCUGCACGACACAGUAUUUCAUGCCCCGAAACAUCCUUUGUGGUAGCUGGAGCCUAACGAGGUCUACUUUCCGGCCGCAACUACGCUCCCAGACACUUUAUACCCUGCGUCUUGCAUCGUACUUCGCAACCAACCCGAGAACAAACUUCCAGAAAAGCGCAGGACUACUUAAUCUCUCCGAACGAAGUCGCAUACAAAGCUACAUCCAUCCAAAGCACAAAAUGUCCACAUCCACUCCAGACCGCUACAAGCUCGUCUUCUUCGUCCCAACCGCCAACGUGGAGGCCUGCAAAGAUGCCAUCUUCGCCACAGGCGCAGGGUCAUUCCCAGGUGGGAAGUAUACCAAAGUCUGUUUCCAGACUGUUGGUACAGGCCAAUUUCUGCCCGGCAAUGGGGCAGUGCCGGCGGUCGGAACUGUCGGUGCUUUGGAACGGUGCGAGGAGGUCAGGGUUGAGAUUAUGUGUCUUGGCCGGGGCAUUAUGCUGAACGCAGUUGAUGCUUUGGUCUCGGCGCAUCCGUAUGAGCAGGUUGCUUAUGAGGUUUAUAAGAUGGAGAAUGUCUAG